UUGCUCUCCUCUGUAGACUGUACACAGGCCUAUAACAUGGACACAUCUAGAUCUCCCUGUCACAAUUGUAUACAGGGCGGGACAUGUACCAGGCAGAGAUAAAACCACAACACUCUGUCACCCAUGACAACGAGCAGAGCAGGACACCGAAGACACAUAACGGCACAAACUGUCAGAACUGACCUGCAUAUUGCUCUGUACCGGCUCCUUCUUCUUCUUCCCCCUCCCCGCCCGGCGCCAUAUUGCCGAGCCCCCUCAUCCACACUGACAGCAGGACACGCCCCUCCGGGUAGGUCACCGGACAAGACCCCGCCCAGCCGCGGUUGGAGACAACCACAGAGUGACAGCGGGAUUGGCAGAGCGCCCAGAGACAGAGGGAGGUGGAUUGCGGCUGCCAUCUAGCGGUAGAAACAGAGUACAGCGGAGGACAGUUGGCUCUCAGCAUCGGUUGAGUUGGAAGAAGAAGUGUCCCAGGCUCCGGACACAAUGGAGUUUUGCAUGAAAAUUGCUGUUUGUUUUCUUAUCCUUUUGCCUACAACUGCGCAGAGCACCUCUGCAAAACCAAGACAAGAAAUUGCACCAAGAACAAGGCAUUUUCCUGGUAUUGAAACAGGGACCCCCACCACGGAGGAAACACCCCACAUACAGGCUAUCGACAGGAGUGAUAGUAACUCUACUAAGAAGAGACAAGAAAUUGCACCAAGAACAAGGCAUUUUCCUGGUAAUGAAAGGGGGACCCCCACCACGGAGGCAACACCCCACAUACAGGCUAUCGACAGGAGUGAUAGUAACUCUACUACGAAGAGAACGACCACUACUCCGAAACCAGUGUUUGUGAUCAACCAACAUGAGGUCCAGAGGAGAGUUGAUGAAACUGCAGAAAGGAUUUUAAAUGAAUCUUUCCUCACCACACUCAAUAUUGUUGGCUUAGCGGUUGCGGGAUUGCUUGUUAUCAUCGGCAUUAUUGUGGUUUACUGCUAUUGCUUCUUGCGCCAAAAAAAACCUGAGGACUCUGGCUCAGAUGACAUAAGCCCAAGUUUGGGCAGCUCAAAGAAUGUCAACACAUACCAGGGUGACUUAUACAAGCCUGACUUAUACCAGAAUGGCUCGCGCCAGGAUGACUCGCUACAGAAUGGCUCGCUACAGAAUGGCUCGCUACAGAAUGGCUCGCUACAGAAUGGCUCGCUCCAGAAUGGCUCGCGCCAGGAUGACUCGUUACAGAAUGGCUCGCGCCAGAAUGGCUCGCGCCAGGAUGACUCGUUACAGAAUGGCUCGCUACAGAAUGGCUCGCUACAGAAUGGCUCGCUACAGAAUGGCUCGCUACAGAAUGGCUCGCUACAGAAUGGCUCGCUACAGAAUGGCUCGCUCCAGAAUGGCUCGCUCCAGAAUGGCUUGUACCAGAAUGGCUCGCACCAGAAUUAAAUGGGCCAGAAUGGUUUAGGCCACAGCAAUUUGGACCAGAGUGGGUCAGGCCAGAAUGCCUGUACCAAGCAGCCCUUAAUAAAGUAACUCUGAAAAGAA